AUGGCGGUGGCGGCAGCUAUACUACUUGGUGGUACGGUGGCCAGCGCCGCUUGGAGGGAGAGGGGGGAGGGAACGAAUUUGGGGAAGAGAGAAAAGUGGGGCGAAAUGAAAAUUUCGAAAGAGAAACUGGCAAUUGUCGUUCUGAUUUUGAUUGAUUUAUUUAUUUUUAAAAAAGCUGGGAUUCCAAUUCGAGAAAGUCCGUUUACUGCAAUCGCCAUGUUAGCACGACUAGCCCACAUGUUAACUACGAGCUCCGUCAAGGAUGGGGACGUCGAGUCUAAUCACAUAUCCAUGGCAGAUAAAGCUGAUCAGGAGGGUUCUCUUGAUUUUGACAGAGACUCAUCAUCCACUUCCUCCAGCUUGGAUGAAACAGAAGCAAACCCACAAACAGUACUGCCAAUCGUGGAAAUGGAAGUCUCUUCAGCAUUACCUCGUGUUUUCAUAAAUAUGGAUUCGGAUGAUGCAAAACUCCAACAAGCCCACGCUGCCAAGAUUGCAGCGGAGAAGAGUUUGGAUUCCUUACAGAAUUUUGGAGGCGUUCAAGGAAUUGCAGAGUCUUUGGGUCCUGAUUUAGAUCAGAACGAACUCCCUAGCGAUGAGCAAGCCAGCGCAGUAUCCCUAACACAGAGUCCUGAACCGGGCUUCUUUACACGUCUCCUAAAAGCUAGCAAUGAUUAUACCGUUUGGCUUCUAGUCCUGGCUGCAGGGCUGUCACUUUUCUUUGGUUUCGACGGUAUGACCGAUGGUUUUCUCUACGGGGUCAUCACAAUUGCUGUUAUCAUCGUGAUUGUGGUACAAAACUACUUAAAGCUCCACCUUUCGCAGAAUAUGUCAGGAAAACAAAACCCAUUGGAAAUGCCUCGAAAAUUUGUAGUGAUCAAGAGAGGGGGACACGAAAAGGAAGUGUCAAGCUCUGAUAUUUUAGUCGAAGGUGAUCACAUAGUGCCCCUCGGGAGGGAGCCUCCGGUCCAAAGGUGCAAAGGUGAACCCUUAGAAGAAUUACUGGAACUGGAUCAUUGUUCCACUAGUGAUGCUAAUAAGCCAUUUCUUUCCUAUGGUGCAAAUGUGACUGGCGGAUCUGGUGGCAUGCUGGUUACAUCAGUGGGCACGGAUACAACAUUGGGUCAGUUGAUGAGUCAGGUUACCCGAGCCCCUGGCAUGACCCCUUUACCAGCGGAACUUGACAAAGUGAAUGUUGUAUUACAUAUUAUUGGCCUUCUAAUCCCUAUCCUCAUCCUUUUAGUAUUGUUUCUCCGUUUGAAGCUUGGAGAUGAAGAUGUUAAAUCUAAGCUCCCACAGCUCAAGGGGAAACCAAUUCCAAUAAUGGAUGCGAUCAGCGGAAUUUUCAUGAAGUCAAAUGGCAAGUUCAUUACCUUAAUAGCCACACUUACUAUGUCGCUGCUUGGAGUAAAGGGAGGAAUACCUUAUGUAAUCUCGCGCUACAUUGACUAUUGGCGGAAGAAGAUGCUGUCUGACAAGGCCUUGGCGCAAAAACCUUUGGCUUGGCUCACCAUGCUUUCGGUCUCAACUAUCUGCAUUGACAAAGAUGCAUGGCUAACACUAAACCGACGCGCAGUACUAUUUGACACGGGCUGGACAGAGACAAACAAAGCAAUAGAAGGUUUGAAAAAUGCUGGAGUUAACGUCAUACUGGUUUCAGAUGAUAAAGUGCCAUGGUUGGAAUCCAUAGCUCUCGAGUCAAAUGGAUUGGUGCUUGAAGGUGAAAACUUUCGAACUUACAGCGACGAAGAGAGGAGGAGUAAAGUAAAUGAUAUCAUGGUGAUGGAAAGCUGCUCUCCAGCUGAUAAGCUCCUUCUGGUGCAGUGUUUGAAGGAAAAAGGCAAUAGAGUAGCAAUGGUUGGGGGCAAAACAAAUGAGAUUCCAGCAUUGAAAGAAGCUGACGUGGGGCUUGUGAUGGAGAGUUAUAGCAGUGAAAUGGCCAGAGAAACUUCUGACAUCAUCAUCACGAAUGGUAACUUCAGUUUCUUGGUCACCAUUGUGAAGUGCGGGAGAUGUGCCUAUGAAAAUAUUCGCAAGUAUAUCCAAUUUGAGCUCGCCAUGACUAUUGCAGGGCUGUUGAUACCCAGCAUCACAACCUUAUCUUUUGGAUAUUCUCCAAUUUCGUUAAUCCAAUUGCUAUGGGCUAACUGGGUUUCGACCUUUCUAGGUGGUCUUGCAUUAGUGACAGAGCCACCAACAGAGAAACUGAUGGACAAGCUACCACUGAGACAAACCGAACCGCUGAUCACCAAGGCUAUGUGGAGAAACAUUGCCAGUCAAGCUCUAUGUCAGACUGCCAUCUCAGUGCUCUUCCAAAUUAAAGGGCAGGCUAUCAUGGGCAUCAGCAAGAAGGUUAGUGAAACCAUUAUCUUUAACAGUUUUGUUCUCUGCCAAGUAUUUAACAUAGUCAACGCAAGGGAGCUGGAGAAGAAGAAUGUGUUUAGGGGCAUUCAUCGUAACCCCUGGUUUUGGGUGGCUGUGGGUGUUAUUCUGGUGCUCCAGGUGGCUUUUAUUGAGACUGCACAUAUCCUUAUAGGGAAUGGAAAUUUGAAUUGGGUGCAGUGGUUCGUCUGUCUUCUACUUGGGAUGACUUUAUUGGCAGCCGAUUGGGCUACAAAAUGGACAUCAGGAUGCAUCAUGGAUUGGUUCACUGGACCAUUAGUCUCACAUGCGGGAGCCAUUAACAUGAUACCGUCUUCUCCCUCAGAAUCUACUUCUAAUGUUGACCUGCCACUCAUCAAUGUUUCCAGUCCUCCUCUCCCAUCUUAG